ACAACGAAUAACAAACCUAAAAAUUACCUUUUUUCGCAGAAAAGAUUGUGCCAUUUUUUUUUUUGCCCUAGGAAAACAUUACGUUCUAAUUAAUGGUUCUAACAGAGGUUAACAAUCAACAAUAAUUUAUCGAUAAUAAUGUCAGAUGUCUAACGUGCUGGUAUCCAUUGGAACAUUUAAACUUUAAAGAGAGCAAACUACAUUAGUUACUUUCGACUUUUUAGGAUGGUGCGGUGGCAUUCUUCUUUAUUUUUGUGUUUAAUUGUGUGCGGGGUACAUUCAACGAUAAGAGAUAAAAAAUUGAAAUGGCCCACUGUUGGUAUCUCUGUGCUUGUCCGUAAUAAAGCCCAUACACUACCAUACUUCUUAUCUUGCUUGUGGAAUCUGGAUUAUCCUAAAAAUCGUAUGUAUAUAUGGAUCUAUAGUGAUUUAAAUGAAGAUGAUAGUAAUGACAUUAUAGAAGAGUGGACAAAGAAUUAUGCAUCAGAGUACAAUAAUGUUUUUGCCACUACCAACAACACUAGAGACGAAACUCAAAUGGAAAAACUUUCCGAUUGGAGCUUAGAACAUUUUCAACAUGUUAUUCAACUAAGAGAAAAAGCUCUUGAAUUAGGAAGAAACAUGUGGGCUGAUUAUCUUUUUAUGAUAGAUGCAGAUGUUUUCUUAUUAGAGCCAUCAACAUUAAAAAUUUUAGUAAACAAGAAUGAGGCCAUAGUGGCACCAAUGCUGUUUUCCGAUGGCCUCUACUCAAACUUCUGGUGCGGCAUGACAGACUCAUAUUACUACAAAAGGACAGAUGACUACAAGCCAAUUCUCGAGCGUAAAAACAUUGGGUGCCAUGAAGUACCCAUGGUACAUACCGCAGUACUGAUAUCAAUGAGAGAUACUACAUCUGAUUUACUGACUUAUGUUCCACAAAAAAUAGACAAUUACGACGGACCUGAGGAUGACAUUAUAGCUUUUGCUAUGAAUGCUAAAUAUCAUGGUAUCCCUCUGAAAAUAUGCAAUGAUCAUGUGUAUGGAUACGUACCUGUACCAGCUGAUUUUAAGAGUGAUCCUGAACAGAUGAUCAAUAUCAAGUUAGAAGCUUUGAGUCAUCACACACCAAUACCACUCAGUGAUGACUUAGAGAAAUACAUUAACUACCCAAUGCCAUGGAAGUAUGGAUGUGACGAAAUAUUCAUGAUCAACCUAGAAAGGAGGGCCGAGAGAAGGAAAUUAAUGGAAAUGAGUUUUAAAGAGAUUGGGAUGGAGGCUACACUCUUCAACGCCGUUGAUGGCAGAAAGCUCGACAUGAAUGAUUUGAGUGAAUAUUCGAUAACACUAAUGCCUAAUUAUGAAGACCCUUAUCACAAAAGGCCGAUGAAAGCUGGGGAAGUAGGCUGCUUUUUGAGUCACUAUUUUAUAUGGAAAAAGAUAGUGGAAAAUAAAUAUGCAAUCACAUUAGUCUUAGAAGAUGACAUACAUUUUGUGCCACACUUUAGAUACAAGUUUCAUCAGCUUAUGGAAGAAAUUAAAGAAUUAGACUGGGAUCUUGUAUACAUCGGUAGAAAGAUUCUACAAAACGACGAGGAGGUAUACGCGACUGCUCACACAACUAAACCUCUAUAUUCCUACUGGACUCUGGGGUAUUUGCUGAGCGAAGCCGGAGCGAGGAAACUCCUAGCCAUGGAACCCUUGAACAAGAUGCUCCCAGUGGACGAAUUUCUACCCAUCAUGUUUGAUCAGCAUCCCAAUGAAACAUGGAAGGCGCAUUUUCCCUUGCGCAAUUUAAAAGCAUACUCGGCGGCACCACUUUUAGUCCAUCCGACUCACUAUACAGGACAAGAAGGAUACAUAAGCGAUACAGAGGAUUCUCAAAUACUACAACCCGAAGAAAUUGAAGAUAAUGAAAUACGAAAUGAACUAUAAACUGUAAGUUUAAAGAACAAAUUAAGUAGUUAAGUAGAUCAAAUAGUCAAUCAAGUAUAUAAUUGUAAUUUAGCAUUGUGAUAGUCGAAAAUUAAACCAAAAAUGUUUUAAUGCUAUAGAUGUAAUCCUAAAAAAUAAUUGCAUUUACUAAAAUUAUUACUUAUGUACCUAUUAAGUUUGUAUUAAGAUAUUGUAGCUUUAGAUUGGCCAAAUUUUGAUUAGCAGGACUAGUAUCUAAGACAAUUUAGACAUUUUCCGUCGAAAAAAAAGAAUAUGGUUUGGACUAAAGUCCUUUAUUUAACUAUUUUUUUCUUUCCUCGAUAAAAAGAAACAUUUUCCAAAUUGCC